AUGCCACCAGCGAUAAGUGACGACGAGAAGUCGGACCUCGGUGAUGUCGAUGUCACCGUAGCCGCAGCUUCCAAGCGCGCCAAAACCUCGGCUGCCGUCAGCGCCGCCGACGCCGACGCCAACCAGGUCGACGACGGAAUGCCCGACAUUGUCGCCGGGGACGUGGCGAAUGGGGAUGAUGUUGCUGCCGAUGAAGAUGGAGAUGGCGACGGCGAUGAAGAGAACCUGGAUGAGGACGAAUACAUCGUCGAGAAGAUCAUCUCCCACGUCGUCGAUGCGGACGGCUCCUUGAAAUACAAGGUCAAGUGGGAAGGCUACGACAAGAAGGCCGACCAGACGUGGGAGGAUGACGACAACCUCAGGGAGAAUGCUGCCGAGGUACUGGAAGAGUACUUGGCCAAGCUGGGCGGGCGCGAACAAGUUCUGGCCGAGGCGCAGACGGCGUUGAAGACCAAGAAGCGCGGGCGACCGUCAACGGGCACGCCGACAAACGGAACAAAGCGAAGGCGCAACGACGGCCACCCGGCGUCGGCCACACCACCUGCCAACGCGCGCGCGUGGAAGCCGCCGCAGGGGUCGUGGGAGGACGACGUGGAAUCCAUCGACGCGUGCCACGACGAGAACACGGGCAAGCUUAUAGUGUACCUGACGUGGAAGAACGGGCACAAGACGCAGCACGAAACCAAGGUCAUCUACCAGCGCUGCCCCCAGAAGAUGCUUCACUUCUACGAGCGACACGUCAAGAUUGUCAUGUCGUCGGGCGACGGCGGCAUCAAGGACGAGUGA